UGUCAAUAAAUCAAAUCAUAACCUACAAACAUAAUUAAACAAGAUGAAAAUUUAAGUAAGGUAAUAAGAGUUAAUUAGGAUGAUUUUUUUAAAUAAUUUUCUUCUGAGACAUAGUAUCAAGUUAAUAAAACGCACAUGCACCAGCAAUAUAAGUGCUUUAUCAAGAGAAGAAAGAGUUCAAUUUUUAAGGAAAAUGGCUCUACCUAAAUCAAGAGAAAAUCCCAUCAUAAUGAAAUUGGAUACUCCAGAAUUUAAUUCUAUAUUUAACGAUGAAUUGCGAGCUCUAAUAUCCAUAUUUAAAGAAUACGGAUAUGAAAUCCGCAUAGCGGGAGGUGCCGUACGAGACCUUUUGAUGGGAAAACGACCGAAAGAUUUAGAUUUUGCAACAACGGCUACUCCUACACAAAUGAAAGAAAUGUUUACUUCAGAAAAUGUCCGAAUGAUUAAUGCUAAUGGAGAAAAACAUGGUACUAUUACACCUAGAAUAAACGAUAAAGAAAAUUUUGAGGUAACAACUUUAAGAAUAGAUGUAUUGACAGAUGGUAGACACGCAGAAGUCCAAUUUACAACAGAUUGGUUGCUAGAUGCUCUUAGACGAGAUUUGACAAUAAAUUCGAUGUUUUUAAGUUUUGAUGGUUCAGUGUAUGACUAUUUUUUUGGAUUGGACGAUCUUCAGAAACAUAGAGUAGCAUUUGUAGGUAAUGCUGUCACUAGGAUACAAGAGGAUUAUUUAAGGAUUUUAAGAUAUUUUAGGUUUUAUGGAAGAAUAGCUUUAGAGCCAGAUAAACAUGAAGAAGAAACUCUGAAAGCUAUUAAGGAUAAUGCUAGUGGAUUGCAAAACGUUUCUGGAGAAAGAAUUUGGAUGGAGUUGAAAAAGAUUUUAGAAGGAAGGUUUGCAGGGGAGCUCAUGGUAGUGAUGGUAGAGAAUAGUUUAGCACCUUACAUUGGUACAGAAACUAUAAUUCCCUAUAUUUUAUAUUAUUACAUUUUGUUUUUAGGUUUGCCAGAUAAUCCUGAUUUAUCAGAGUUGAGAAGAGUAUGGAAACAAAGUGGCCAUUUAAACUUGAAUGCUAUUACGGUUAUUUCUUCAUUGUUAAAGACUGUAGAUGAUGCAAAGGCACUCCAUUCAAGACUUAAAUUAUCAGCUUAUGAAAGAGAUUUAGCUUUAUAUAUAAUAGAAAAUAGAACACCUAAAUUACAUCCGAAACCGCUAAUGCCUUUUCAACAACAAAUCUUGAAAUCAAUUUCCAAACCGGAAAACACCAAGAAAAUGGCUGUGGAAGUUUUAAAAUAUAAUAAUUCACCUUAUUGGAAAGACUUGGAAAAUUGGCAAAUACCGAAAUUUCCUUUAAGUGGAAUUUUACUUAAAGAAAGAGGAGUUGAAGGAGGAAAAGUUAUGGGACUAGUAAUGACUGAAUUGAAACAUUUUUGGGCUGAUAAUGAUUUUAAUUUAUCCAAUGAAGAUCUGUUGAAAGAAUUACCGAGGGUGUUGAAUAUGAUAGCAGAUAGGAAGAAAAGAAAAUAAGAUGUUUACUUAUAACUGUGUUAAAAUAUACUUUUUCAUAUA